GGGCCGCCCCCUCCCGGCCCGGGCCGGCCCCGCUGGCUCUGCUCAAAGUUUGCGGCCGCCCCUGCGCCCGCCCGCCCGAUGUAUGGGUGAUAUACUGCAGCGGGUGUCAGGGUGAGGGACGGCCAUAUUUGCCGGUGCGGCCCGAGCCGUCAACAACAAAAAGUGCGCGGGAGCUCGGCGGGCGCACGGACAGGCGCUCGGACGCCGGGCCCGCCUCGCCGCCGCCCGGCCUCGCCGCCGCCGCCGCCGCCGCCGCCGCCCUCGCGGGCCUGGCCCCGCGGCGCCCCGGCGCGCCCCGCCGCUCGGGGGGAUGUCUUACAAACCGAACUUGGCCGCGCACAUGCCCGCCGCCUCCCUCAACGCCGCUGGGAGCGUCCACCCGCCCUCCACCAGCAUGGCGACAUCCUCCCAGUACCGCCAGCUGCUGAGCGACUACGGGCCGCCGUCUCUCGGCUACACCCAGGGAACAGGGAACAGCCAGGUACCCCAAAGCAAGUAUGCUGAGCUGCUGGCCAUCAUUGAGGAGCUGGGGAAAGAGAUCAGACCCACGUACGCUGGGAGCAAGAGUGCCAUGGAGAGACUAAAACGGGGCAUCAUUCACGCCAGAGGACUGGUUCGAGAGUGCUUGGCGGAAACGGAACGGAAUGCCCGAUCCUAGCUGCCGAUCAGCGCAGAAGGUUUUCCAUCUUUGUCUAAGACCAGAAGUUACAGCUCAUCUCCCAUGUUCAGAUGAAACUCUUUGCUUUCAAAAUGGUAACAGUUUGGUUUCUCCUUCCCACGUCCCUCCUGUGGUUCACGAGGCUCUGAGAUUGAGAAAUAUUUUGCAGUGGACUAGGAUUUACGUUUUCUAUAGUUAGGAAUUACCCAGGGGUUUUUGUUUUUUUGUUUUUGUUUUUCUCCUAAGCAUUGAUUUAAAAGAUGCACGUAAAAGAUACCUAUCUCACAGCAGAGCUCCCAGUUACGUUACCCAGAUUGUUCUCCAUUCUUUUUCAUAAGCUAAUACAACUCUGAGGGUUUUUUUGGUUUGUUUUGUUUUUUGAGUGCAUACGUUUGCCCCACGGUGUGUGUUCCGCUUAAUAUAACUUCUUUUGUGCUUAAGCAUUUGCUUGCAUGACUACGAGUGCUUUGAGGUCAAUUUUAAAAAAUGCACAAGUUAUAAAUACAGAAGAGAGAGCAACCCUACCGAACCUGACCUAACAAGAUCCCCCUCACCCCCCAGUUUUCCUGCCAAGACUGUGUGUGGAUGUCAGUUCUGCUUUUCCCGUAAGGUGAUCUAAACAUCUGGAAGAAAAAUGACUAAAACUGUUUGCAUCUUUGUAUGUAUUUAUUACUUGAUGUAAUAAAGCUUAUUUUCAUUAACAA